UCCACAGUGAGAUGAGUGGAGAGGCAGCAGAGGAAGUAGGAGGCUCACUUGAUAGUAGCUGCUCAUAACUCACUGCAACUGUGCGUUAUAGUGGCAACUGGACUCUUACCGAGCAGCAUCUGAACUCGCACUCCACUCAUACAUCUGUCCUGCAUGCGCCUAAGUUUCUUUCGCAUUUUUUUGUGUCUUUUAAACCAUAUUUCUAUAGGCCGUUAUUCCUGUGAUCCAAGUUUGUCGGUGUUUCCCUGAUCCUGUCUGCUGCAAACAGGUUGCAAGAAGGAAACAGUCCCCUGCGCGUCUUCCGCCGCUUAUUUGAAUUGAUAGAAAGCUUUGGCCAAGAUGAUGAUAAUAAUUGCGGAGUUCUUCGUAGUUAUUCUGAAGGUGCUCUGGGCUUUUUUAACUGCCGGAGCCAAGUGGAUUGUGCGGCCAAAGGAGAAAAGCGUGGCGGGACAGGUGUGCUUGAUCACCGGCGCUGGAAGCGGCCUCGGGCGGCUGUUCGCCAAGGAGUUCGCCCGGAGACGAGCGAUACUGGUCUUAUGGGACAUAAACAGCCAAAGCAACGAGGAGACGGCGGAGAUGGUGCGCCAGAUUUACCAUGAACUGGACACUCCAGUAACCAAAGACGGACCUGUUGGAGGGGUAGAGGAAGUCCCACCUUUCCAGCCGCAGGUCUACACCUAUGUGUGUGAUGUAGGGAAGCGCGAGAGUGUGUAUUCCACAGCGGAGAAGGUGCGCCGGGAGGUGGGAGAGGUGGACAUACUCAUCAACAACGCCGGCGUCGUCUCUGGCCAUCACCUCCUGGAGUGUCCCGACGAGCUGAUCGAGCGGACCAUGGUGGUCAACUGUCACGCACACUUCUGGACCACCAAGGCGUUUCUCCCCAAGAUGCUGGAGCUGAAUCAUGGCCACAUUGUGACGGUUGCCAGCUCCCUGGGUUUAUUUAGCACAGCUGGAGUGGAGGAUUACUGUGCCAGCAAGUUCGGUGCCAUCGGGUUCCACGAGUCGCUGAGCCACGAGCUGAAGGCCUCAGAGAAGGACGGCAUCAGUAUGACUCUGGUGUGCCCGUACCUGGUCGACACAGGAAUGUUUAAAGGCUGCAGGAUAAGGAAGGAAAUCGAACCCUUUCUCCCUCCUCUGAAGCCAGAGUUCUGCGUGAAACAAGCCAUGAGGGCCAUCCUCACCGACCAGCCCAUGAUCUGCACGCCUCGCAUCGUCUACAUGGUCAACUUCAUGAAAAGCAUCCUGCCCUUCGAGGCCAUUGUGUGCAUGUACCGGUUCCUAGGCGCCGACAAGUGCAUGUACCCCUUCCUAGCUCAGAGAAAGGAGGCCAUGAACAACAAUGAGGCAAAGAAUGGGAUCUAGGGGGUGCUGUUUGCAAUAUGAACAGGGGAAUUUAAACCUGCAAGUAUGAGGAAACAACCACUGAGGACAGAGAUGGAAAGAAAAAAAGAAAAAAAAAAAGACUGAAUCUAGACUGGUGCACUUGCAUUGAGCAAAUGCAAAGGUUUACCAUAUUGUUCCUCUGGAACAAAGAAAGCUGUGUACUACAAAGGAUUUAUUUUUUGUCUUUUUUUUUUUUUAAGUUUGUUUAAAGAAACCAACAUCUAUAUACUGUGUCACUAGUUUUGAAAUCAUACAGAAAAAGAUAUCCAGUAAUUAACUAUUUACGUAAUGUAGUCACCAGCCUUAUCUAGUGUCAUUGUGGAAAUAUACAGUAUGUUACUGUACAAACAGUAAUCUUUUUUUCACUUAUUUUAUUUUUGUAGACAUGCACUGUAAUUUCUGAUGGUUUUUGUCUAUCUUCUUCUGAUUUUUCUACACUGCCAGCAUUCUCCGUGUAGAAAGGAUUAACACAGCAUUUCCGUCUACCCCACACAGAGGCUCUUUUUCAGUCAGGAAACAAGUUUCUCCGGCUCUGAUUUUUAGCUCGUGCCAUCAAAAGUAAAGUAACAGGAAAGAAAAAAAAUCCCACCAUUUAAGUUAACGAUACUCCUUUUUUUUUCUUGUGUUCAAUACUUGCAUUAGAUGCAUAUAGCGUAUAUUAAUAUCAAUCCAAAUGAAACGUUGCAAUAGCCAGAUUGUAGCGGACUGUAAUCUUCACAGCAUUUCCAAUCUAAUGGGAUUCAGCAGUGUCCCUCGGCGGUCCUGUCACUGCACGAGGGAGUGGCGUCCUGGGCUGAAUUGGCAUGCGCGACACAUUCAGAAUGUACUGCUUAGGGAGAAAUCCAGUUGAUGAUUUUAAUUUCUUUUUUUAAUGCGUUCAUAAUGUAAAUUUGUUACCUAUUGUUGUAUUUUUUUUUCUUUUUAAAAAAGCUCCACUUUAAACUGCUGUUUCAACACUGAUGUGAUUGAGGGAAAUGUAUUAAAGACAGCUUUUCAUUAUUAUUUUUUCCCCUAAAGUUAACACCUGCCCAGUGUCCACCUCGUCCAGUUAAAGUGUAUAUGUUUAAAUAUUGUGAAUUACCCCAGUGUCCCCAACUAACUGUGUCCACCAUAUUUGAUAAAUGACUGUUUUAUAUACCCUUUUUAUCAUUAUUAUUAUUAUUAUUAUUAUUAUUUCCCUGAAUUUCAACUACAUUCCAAUAGGCAUCAUUCCUUCAGUCACAGUGAUGAGCCUAAAUUCUCUACCUCUUAUUUUUUGCCUUUUUUUUUUUUUUUUGACAGUAUGACAUAAGCCUCUUUUUGUAAUUUUUCUGAAGACUGCUCCAUAGAAGAGCAAAUGUGGUUCCAAUGUUUAGUGUCUCUACCUAACUUAAAUUAAUAAAGUGAUUUAGAUUAUUA